AUGAUCGCGCUUAGGAGUAGCAUGUUGCCAGCUUUCAAUAGAAUAUUGCUUCGAUGCGGGGGGGUAAGUUUACCCAUAAGAGAGAACAUAUCCCAUUUAUUGAGUAGGAAUCUGAAUGUCACUUGGAGACCAUUGACAAAUCACUCUCUUUUACGACCCGCGACGGGUAUGCCGUUGGCCCAGACGAAAAGAUUCUACAGUGCCAAUGGGAAGAAUACUGAGUAUAAGGAAGAUGGAAGUAAAAGUAACGAUGGGAAGAAAGGCGAGCCACAUGGUAUUAAAGGGUUAAUGGCCAAAUAUGGUUACUCAGCAUUGAUCGUUUAUAUUCUGUUAACGUGUGUUGAUCUGCCUCUGUGUUUCCUGGGAGUCCACUCAUUGGGUGAAGAGAAGAUUAAAAUAUAUCUGAACAGAGCUAAGCAGCUGAUCGGAAUGGGCGAGCCAGAUGAAAACAAAGUAACUGAAGAGGUUAGAAAGAAACAAGCUCAUCGUGAAGCAGUCCAGGCCAAAAAUGCUGACAACAUAGAGGACGCAUCGAAAAGGACUUUUAAUGAAAAAUGGCAAGAGAUGAAGGAUAGUACACUGCUGGCCGAAUUGUUAAUCGCGUAUGGCAUACACAAGAGUUUGAUUAUCGUUAGAGUACCCUUAACAGCAUUGCUAACGCCAUCUUUUGUCAAGCUACUACAAAAGUUUGGCAUCGACCUGAUGAAGAAACAGAAGAAAGUAUUUCAAACGAUGGCCUCUGGAGCCAAAAUAAGGUACAAAGGGAGCAAUCCAAACGAUUUCAUCAAGAAUGAGGGCACUGCGCUUGACGCUACUAAGCGCAAGGCAAGAACUAAGGGCCAGAAAUGGUUUGAUGGCCUUAUGUAA